AUGGAGGCAAUUAAGUUGUUUGAAGAUGACAAUAAUAUGGAUGUAGAAGGCAACGUGAUGGCAGAGGAAAACAUUGUUACGGCACCAAACGACGCGGAAGGGAAUAUUGAGUCAUCUGGUGUGCAUAGUUGGCAAGGAGAUACUAAUUAUUUUAUUCCGGAGUGUUGUGAAAAGAAAAAACCUGUCAUCGGGCAACAGUUCGCAUCAAUGGAAGAAGGUGUGGCGUUUUAUAAACUUUACGCAGUUGAAGCCGGAUUUGAUGUACGAUGCAGCACAGUGAGGAAGAACAAAGAAGGAUAUAUAGAAGUUAGGUAUUUACUUUGUUCACGGGAAGGGCACACAACAAGCACAAAUGACGGGACUAAUUGUAACGAUGAGGAUGCCACACCAAACACAAAAACACGACGACGCGUGUCGAACAGGGUGGGUUGUAAUGCUAGGUGUGUCAUUAGGCGAAGAAAGGAUAGGGUGUACGCAAUUACUAUUUUUGAAGAAAAACACAACCACCCACUGUGCUCAGAGUCUGGUAGAAUGUUCCUGAAGAUAAACCGUUCGUUAGAUGUUGGACACCAAGAAUUCAUAUCAGCGUGUGCGAAAGCUAACAUAGGAACCUCUAAAGCAUUUGAACUGUACGCAGAAUUAACGGGAGGUUUUGAUAAAGUGGGUGCGACUUGUGUGGAUUUUAGAAAUUGCAAGAGAGACGUCAAUGCAUAUCUACAUGAAGCUGACGCACAAGCAGUGGUAGACAAGUAUAGGAAAAAACAAUUACUAUUUCCAACCUAUACCUUUGAAUACGAAACAGAUGAUGAACAGCAACUACGAGGGCUAUUCUGGGCCGACCCAAUAGCCAAGGAGAACUUCCAAAGAUUUGGAGAUAUGGUAUCUUUCGAUGCUACAUACAGCACGAACAGGUACAAUAUGGUAUUCGUGCCAUUUACAGGGAUUGAUAACAACAAGAAGUGCGUCACAUUUGGAGCAAGACUCAUCUCAAAGGAAAACAAAGAAUCAUAUGCGUGGCUGUUGAAUGCAUUCAAGCGGUGUAUGGGGCACAAUCCUGCAUGCGUAAUAACACACCAAGACCCAGCAAUGAAGGAAGUAAUACCCCAGAUUUUCCCGGAUACACGCCACCGUUUUUGUAUGUGGCACAUCAUGACGAAAGUAAAUGAAAAGGUGGGAGUGAAACUAGCCAAGGACGAAAUAUUCCGGAGAAAAUUAAAUGCAGUGGUGUGGGAUGAAACGUUGGGUCGUGAAGAGUUUGAGGUCAAGUGGCACGAAAUAAUGACAGAAUAUAAGCUACAAAAAGACAAAUGGUUGACACAAUUGUUUGAUGUGAGAUCGAAUUGGAUAGAGGCGUACUUCAGUGACUUUUUUUGGGUGGGCUAA